GCCGUGGGGCGCUUAUAGCGGCGGGGGUCGCCGGCACGAUUGGUUCGCGGGCAGAGUGGUCGUGAGGGCUGAGAGCGGCAGUAGGAGCAACAGUGGUGCGACCAUGGAGUGCGGGCGGCAGGUGGCGAACUUCGGGGCCGGGCCGGCGAAGCUGCCUCGCUCGGUGUUAUUAGAAGCACAAAAAGAAUUGGUGGACUACAAAGGACUUGGUAUAAGUGUUCUUGAAAUGAGCCAUAGGACCUCAGAUUUUACAAAAAUUUUAAACACAGCUGAGAAUCUCCUGCGUGAGUUGCUAAACAUACCAGAAAACUACAAAGUUAUUUUCCUCCAAGGAGGUGGAUCUGGUCAGUUCAGUGCAGUCCCACUUAAUCUUAUCAGUUUGAAGGAGGGAAGACAUGCAGAUUAUGUGGUUACUGGAGCUUGGUCAGCAAAGGCUGCUAAAGAAGCAGAGAAGUAUGCCAAAGUGAAUAUUGUUCAUCCAAAACUAGGAGCCUAUACAAACAUUCCUGACCCAAGCACUUGGAAUCUUAAUCCAAAUGCAUCUUAUGUCUAUUACUGUGCUAAUGAAACUGUUCAUGGGGUGGAGUUUGACUUUGUACCUGAUGUCAAAGGAGCAGUCUUGGUUUGUGACAUGUCAUCAAACUUCCUGUCCAGACCUGUGGAUGUAUCCAAGUUUGGUGUGAUUUUUGCUGGUGCUCAGAAGAACGUUGGCUGUGCUGGAGUUACUGUUGUAAUAGUACGUGAGGACUUGCUGGGAUUUGCACUGAAAGAAUGCCCUGUAGUACUGGAUUACAAAACACAAGUCACAAAUGGCUCUUUGUAUAACACUCCACCAUGCUACAGUAUUUAUAUCAUGGGAUUGGUCCUAGAAUGGAUAAAGAAUAAUGGCGGAGCUGCAGCUAUGGAUAAACUUAGUUUAAUCAAAUCACGGAUGAUAUAUGACAUUAUCGACAAAUCUAAUGGAUUCUAUGUGUGUCCAGUGGAGAAAAAGAACCGAAGCAGAAUGAAUGUCCCUUUUCGUAUUGGCAGUACCAAGGGUGAUGAAGCACUGGAAAAGAAAUUUCUUGAGAAAGCUGUGGAACUUAACAUGAUAUCUCUGAAAGGGCAUCGAUCUGUGGGAGGAAUCCGGGCCUCUUUAUAUAAUGCGGUGACUGUAGAAGAUGUUCAGAAGCUUGCAGCCUUCAUGAGAAGCUUCAUGCAGAUGCAUCAGUCAUAAAUGGAUCAGAGUGAUACUGCACAUCUAUGAAAGAAAAGCUAAGGGAUUUGAAAGUCACUGUGGUAUUGCACAGGUGUAGUGCACAAGUUAUAUUUCCUCUUAGUUCCUGUAGCUAUUUUAGUUAACUGUGGGAUUGAGAUCCAAUUUUGCAAUGAAUUGGUGAUCUUGGUUUUGGAGGUGAGGAUCCAAAAUUUGCAAAACACUAUCCUUAAUGUGUAAUUAGAAUGUGAAUAUCAUUGUAAGAUGCAAUGAAUCUGAGUCUGUUUCUUUCUUCUAUUCACAAACAAUCUCUAGCAAUGCUUUGCUUUCAGUAAACUUCAGGAGGUAGAGUUUAUUGUUGCAAGCUUUGUAAUGAUUUACAAAUACUCUGACUGCCCAGUAAAGCUAAAACCAGCAUUAAAUGUUCUCUAAAUUGUUGUUUUAUCAGGUACAUUCUAGCAUAUCUGCUAGUGUACCACCAGCAGUAUUUAGAAGUUAACAUAGGUGCUCCUGACAUAAGGACCUUGCAUUCAGACUUCUGAACCCAUGCUUGAAGUAGUAUCAUAACAGUUCCAUACAGCUAUACCCACUGUGGUUAGUCUCUAGGACUGGGCCUGUUUAGUAUUAUCAUUUAUUAGAGUCUGUAAUGAAAUACAGUAGUAUGUUUACUUCUCUAUUCAUUUUAUAUAUUACACUUCUCUAGGUUAUUUUAUGCUCUUAUUUUGGAGCACGCAUAUUUGCUUCUGCGAAAAGCUUGGGUUUAGUUUGUUAACCUUGUGCUAGACAAGGCUGCUGUAUUCCAUUUAAUGGAUUUGGGGCUUUCUCUGCACUGAUUUCCUAGCCUGAGGUGUAGCAGGCUAUCUUCUUUGGUGCUUCCUAAAUCUCUUCCCUCUAAUUGCUCCAGUAUUUUCUCUGCCUUUUCAUUGCUUCAGUCCUGUAGCCUUUUAUGUGGGGAUUUGCCCAGCUGCAGUAAAUAAAGCUUGAUUUCUCUGCCUUUUCCUAACUCUAUCAGUUGUUGGUCCAAUUUUUCUUAUCUCACCUGGUUUAAUCCACAUUUUGAUAUCUUGGUGGAGUGAGAACAGUGGUUAUGUAGAGACAUUUAGAAAAGCUGUUGUUAUCCAUGUGAGUUACUUUUUCCUCUGACUUUACUGCCAAUGACCAUAUAUUGACACUAGCCUCUUAACUGUAGAAGCUACCUGCGAGUAUCAUUAGCCUUACUGCAGCUGGUUUUAGACUGUAAACAUUUUGGUACAGGACAGGCAUUUUUUGAUUUAUUUUUACCAGUACAACUUUGUAAUGAUGGUGGAUUGUCCCUUUCCUGGUGGAAGCUCCCAGCAAUCAGUGGAGUUCUGCUGUGGCUGAGUUACAUUCCUAUUCAAGAAAUUGUCAUUUUCUGAGUACUGUUUUAAGAUUUUUGUCAACUUACUAUAACUCUAAUUAAAUGUUUGAAGAAAAUAAAAUUUAACCAGAGCAUGCUGAAGUA